CUCUGCUUCCCCCGGCAGCGCCGUCCUCCAUCCAUUACCAGGUUCAAUUUCGGCCACGUUGAACCCUUCUCCUCUGCUCAUCAUCUUCCUUUUUCUCGCAGCCCCGCUCGAAAUCCUCACUCUAAUCUUCUCCCUACUGGACCGCUCCCGAUGGCGGCGGGAACCCCUCAGCUGCCACCCACCGUCGACCCGAGGAGCGGCUUUUGCCGCGAGACCAAGGUUUUCCACAACCUCCGGGACCCCCUCCCCCUCCCUCCCGAAUCCCUCCCCCUAUCUGCCGUUUCCUUCGCCUUGUCCCUCAUCCCAUCCCCGCUCCCCGCCCAGCCCGCCCUCGUCGAUGCCGCCACCGGCGCCGCCGUCUCCUACCCGGACUUCCUCGCACGGAUCCGGAACCUCGCCGCCGCCCUUCGCACCGGCGCCGGCGUCUCCCGCGGCGAUGUCGCCUUCGUCCUCUCCCCGGCUGGCCUCGACGUCCCCGUCCUCUACCUCGCCCUCCUGUCCAUCGGCGCUGUCGUCUCCCCGGCCAACCCGCUCAGCGCACCCUCUGAGAUCGCCCAUCAGAUUCGCCUCUCCAACCCCUCCGUAGCCUUCGCUACCACCGCCACAGCCUCCAAGCUCCCGGCCUACCUUCCCACCAUCCUCCUCGACUCCCCUCGCUUUCGGUCCUUUAUCUCCGCCGACGUGGCGGCGGGGGCGGCGGCGCAGCAGCAGCCGGUGGAGGUGCGGCAGUCGGACACGGCGGCGAUCCUCUACUCGUCGGGGACCACGGGGCGGGUGAAGGGCGUAGCGCUGACCCACCGGAACUUCGUGGCCCUCACCGCCGCGUACCACGCCUUGACGCGGGAGGUGGAGGACGAGUUACCGCCGGUGGUUCUGUUCACGGUCCCUCUCUUCCACGUGUUCGGGUUCAUGAUGGCGCUCCGCGCGGUGGUUCUGGGGGAGACGAUCGUGCUGAUGGAGCGGUUCGAUUUCGGGGCGAUGCUUCGGGCUGUGGAACGCUACCGGGUGACCUUCAUGCCAGUGUCGCCGCCGCUGGUGGUGGCGAUGGCCAAGUCCGACGAGGCCGCCCGCCGCGACCUAUCUUCGCUGAGGGUCCUGGGCUGCGGCGGGGCCCCGCUUGGCCGGGAUGUGGCGGAGCGCUUCGCCGCGCGCUUCCCCCACGUCGAGAUCGUCCAGGGGUACGGGUUGACGGAGUCGACGGGCGGGGUGGCGGGGACGAGGACGCCGGAGGAGAGCAAGGUGUUCGGCUCGACGGGGCGGCUCGGGUCGAACACGGAGGCCAAAAUCGUGGACCCCACAACCGGGGAAGCGCUGGGCCCCGGGCAAAGAGGGGAGCUCUGGAUUCGUGGCCCCACCAUCAUGAAAGGUUACGUUGGUGAUGCUGAGGCAACUGCGGCGACCUUGGACUCCGAAGGUUGGUUAAAGACUGGUGACCUUUGCUACUUUGACGAUGAUGGUUUCCUCUUCAUCGUGGAUAGGCUAAAGGAGUUAAUAAAAUAUAAAGCAUAUCAGGUUCCUCCAGCUGAAUUAGAGCAUAUUCUAGUUUCUCAUCCGGGAAUUGCUGAUGCUGCUGUAAUUCCGUAUCCAGAUGAAGAAGCUGGACAGAUACCCAUGGCAUUUGUGGUCAGACAACCUGGAAGCAUGCUUAGUGAUGAAGAAGUCAUGGAUUUUGUUGGGAAACAGGUUGCACCAUAUAAAAGGAUUAGGCGCAUUGCAUUUGUCAGCUCAAUACCAAAGUCGCCUGCAGGAAAAAUUUUGAGGAGGGAGCUUAUCAAUCAAGCUGUUUCUUCACCUAAAUCUAUGCUAUAACUGCUGUUUGUAUUCCCCUUUUUUUGUAACACAGGAUGCAACCUGUUUCAGGUUGAUCUUCUCUUGGAUCUCAGCCACAGCACACUUUUUUUCAGGGUUAUAUCAUUUACAAGUAUAAAUGUUUUCAAAAAAAUAAAGGGGUUGUUUUGCUUGA